AUGCUUAGCCCUAGGCUGGACUUUUUGCUGCUGGUGCUACUGCACGCAGUCUCCGGCUCAGCCUACCGCUGGUUUAACUGGCAGUUUGAGGUCACUUGCGAGUCUGACGCAUACAUUGCUCCUCAGAAUGAGCUUGCUGCCGCCAAGUUCCUUAAGGAGCAGUACCAUGAGGGCGCCCACAUCAAAGUUGUUGGAAAUGGUCUUGGAUUUGGCAACCUCACUACCUGUGUUGACAAUACUCUUACUGAGAAGCCCACCUAUAUUGUUUCCCUCACCAUUUUGAAAAAGCUCAGCAUCGACAAGAAGAAUCUGAGCGUCACCUUCGGUGCCGGCUGGGAUGUCGAUGACCUUGUCCAAGAGCUGAAGGCCAACGACUUAUCUUUUAGCAAUCUCGGUGUUGAGCGUGUUCAGAACUUUGUGGGUGCUGCCUCCACCGGUACCCACGGCUCUGGCUCCAGCCUCGGUAAUAUUGGAACCCAGAUCACUGGGCUGCGUAUGUUGGACUCGCAGGGAAGUCUCCGUGUCAUCAACGAGAAGCAUGAUGCGGAAGAACUCAAGGCUUUCCGUAUCAGCCUGGGUGCCCUCGGUUUAAUCACAGAGAUGACUAUUAAGGUUCAGCCUACCCAACUCCUAAAGAAGACCACUAAGGUGUUGAAUACCACAUCCGACUUCUCGAAGAUGUACAAGGAGCUUGCCCAACUGUACAAGGAGCUUGCCCAACUGUACAAGGAGCUUGCCCAACUGUACAAGGAGCACGAUCGUAUGACUGUUUGGGUCCCUCACUUCGACGGGAAUAAAAGCACUCACAGCUGGGCCCUCGAGCCUACCUACUUCCUGUCUUAUUGGGAGCCGACAGAGUAUACUGGUGUUCGCAACUGCACUCUCAAUUACUGCGCCAACGGCUGCGGUGACUGCAAGAAAGAGUACAUCUGCUACGAUGAAGUCACUGAUGCUGCGUCCUGCUCACCUCAAGGUGUCUGUACCGGAGGCUUCUACGCAGAAAUCGAGCACUUCCUUCCCAUUGAGUCAUACGCGGAGGCCGCCACCAGCUACACCAACUUCCAACCGGCCCAGACGCCUCACAUGAAGGCUCCCUAUAAUAAGCAAAUAGUCAUCCAGCACCGUACCCUCAAGGGAGAUGAUACAUAUUUGUCUCCUGUCAACACCUAUAACCUUGGCCCCGAGUCCAGUGGUGUUUUUGCGAUCAUCGAGAUUGACUGGAUCCAAGAGUAUAACAACUCCACCACUCUCUGGCAGAACCAGGAAUUUGUCUAUGAAUUCCUUCCUCAAUUCGGUGAAACCUACAGUGUUCGGUCGCAUUGGAACAAGAUGAGUCCCCCUAAUGCUACCUAUACUCUAGAUUAA